CAAAGACCUCUUUCUCUCCCACCUCAGAGCUCUGUACCCAUCAUUGCCACGAAGAAUCUCUCUCUCUCUCUCUCCCUCUUUCUUCUCUCUUCUAUCUCUCUCUAAAAAAGAGAAACAUUUGCUUAGUGUGUCUAUCUCUCCAUCUUUACCUUUUGGUUCUUCGAAAAAGAGAAAAGGGAGAAAGAAACCCAGAAGAGGAGAAAUUCUAAUAACAGAAAUUGAGGGCUAGGUUUUUCUUGAAUUUGUAACUUACAAUAGAUAGUAAAGUUGGGGUUUUUUAUUCAUCUCUCAAUAAAUAUAGUAAUUUCUUUUAUUUUUUUCUUGUUUUGUGUGUGUGUUGUUUGGGAAUAAUGGGUAACUGUUUGUAUAGAUGUGAGCCCUUAAAUCACAAAGUUUCUGCAAACGCUAAAUCAGAAUCACCUAAAGAACAGAGUCCAACAGAAGAAGAGAAGUAUAUUAAAGAAGUUCAAAAGCUGCCAUCGAACCCUAAAGAAGUAGAAGAUCUAAGGCGUGACUCAGGAGCGAAUCCUCUGAUAGCUUUCACAUACGAUGAGCUUAAGCACAUUACAAGUAAUUUCAGACAAGACAGAGUUCUCGGUGGUGGUGGAUUUGGAAGUGUCUACAAAGGUUUUAUAAAAGAAGAUUUGGGUGAUCAAGAAGUUCCUCAACCUCUCCCUGUAGCAGUCAAAGUUCACGACGGCGAUAAUAGCUGUCAGGGCCAUAGAGAAUGGCUGGCAGAGGUAAUAUUUUUGGGGCAGCUUUCGCAUCCGAACUUAGUGAAACUGAUCGGUUAUUGCUGUGAGGAUAAUCACCGUGUGCUAAUCUAUGAGUACAUGGCUCGUGGUAGCGUGGAGAACAAUCUUUUCUCAAGAGUGUUGCUUCCUCUUUCAUGGGGAAUUAGAAUGAAGAUUGCUUUUGGAGCAGCGAAAGGACUCGCCUUUCUUCACGAAGCUAAGAAACCAGUCAUUUAUCGAGAUUUCAAAACCUCUAACAUUCUUCUAGAUAUGGAAUACAAUGCCAAAUUAUCUGACUUUGGACUCGCUAAAGACGGUCCUGUAGGAGAUAAAUCACACGUUUCCACACGUAUAAUGGGAACUUACGGCUAUGCAGCUCCCGAAUACAUCAUGACAGGCAAGUUUCUACACUGUGUUAUGCAAUCUUCUCAAAGUCAUUUGACGCCAGGGAGUGAUGUGUACAGCUUCGGUGUAGUGCUACUAGAGCUUCUCACAGGGAGAAAAUCAUUAGACAAGUCACGGCCUACGCGUGAGCAAAACCUCAUAGAUUGGGCUCUUCCACUGCUGAAGGAGAAGAAGAAAGUCUUGAACAUUGUAGACCCGAGAAUGAACUGUGAAUACCCGGUUAAGUCGGUUCAAAAGGCUGCGAUGUUAGCUUACCAUUGCCUUAACCGGAACCCGAAGGCUCGGCCUUUGAUGCGGGACAUUGUGGAUUCUCUGGAGCCUCUUCAGGCCACGGAAGAGGAGGCCUUACUUGUCCCAACUGUUCAGAAAGCAGUUAUUACCAUUAUAGACGAAAUGCCUAAGAAUGGGUUGAAGAAAGUUGGAGAUCUGAAGAAGGUUGAAGAGUUGAAAAAGGUUGAAGAGGUGAAGAAGGUUAUUGAAGAUGAUGAUGAUAGUUCACAUUGUAACUGAUCACUUGGUUUCUUUUAUUUUCUUAAUAUACAACUUUAAAAAGUGAAAACUAGAUUGAGUUUGUGUGUAUCUUGACAUAAUUACAGAUUAAGAGAGAGAUACAAAGGUUUGUGAACUUUUUUCUUUUAUUGGUAUACAAUGCUUUUGACCUUUGUGUUUUCUCAUUUCUCAUUCAAAGAUUGUACUGAUGAGUAAAAGCUGUUUACCAC